AUGAGCUAUCACGCCGAAAGCGAAGAACCAGAGAGCUUGGAGCUGCCGCAAGCAUACGCUAUUGUCGACGAUGCAGAACUCCUUGCGGCACAGGAAGCAGCCGAGGCAGCAGCAGCAGCACAGCAGAAUCAACCGUUUGACGUGUUUAACAACGUGCAAGCAGGUCUAAAAGGCCAUCAUAGAGAAAACGUAAUGAAAUAUUGGCAAGACACGAUAAAUUCCAUUGAGAAUGACAACCACGAGUUCAAAACACACCAACUACCAUUAGCUAGAAUCAAAAAAGUGAUGAAGACGGACCAAGACGUCAAGAUGAUCAGUGCCGAGGCACCAAUACUAUUUGCCAAAGGCUGUGAUAUAUUCAUCACUGAACUAACCAUGAGAGCAUGGAUCCAUGCUGAGGAAAACAAGCGGAGGACGUUGCAAAAGUCCGAUAUAGCUGCCGCAUUGACAAAGAGCGAUAUGUUUGAUUUUCUCAUUGAUGUUGUUCCUCGAGAAGAAGAGAAACCGAAAAAGUCCCAGUCGCAGUCGUUGCGGAAUCAUUAUCAAGAGGACGCAAUGGUUCUGCACCAGCAACAACAGCAACAACAACAACAACAACAACAAUCACAGCAGAUGCAGAUGCAUCUGCAGCAGAAUCAUGAACCGAAUUAA